AUGUCGGUCGUGGAGCCCAACCUUAUCAAGCUUGCCAUCGUGGGUGCCGGUGGUGUGGGCAAGUCGGCUCUCACUGUGCAGGACUCUUACCGAAAACAACUCGAGGUGGACGGGCAAGUGACACUGCUGGACAUACUCGACACCGCUGGCCAGGAAGAGUUCUCGGCGAUGCGUGAUCAGUACAUGCUGAACGGAGAGGGUUUUCUGGUGGUGUACUCGAUCAUCGUGCGCCAGACCUUCAACGAGGUGGUGUCGUACCGGCAGCACAUCCAGCGGAUCAAGGACGGCGACGACGCGCCCAUCGUGAUCGUGGGCAACAAGUGCGACCUCGAGGAAAAGCGAGAGGUGGCGGUGAGCGAGGGUCGCGACCUGGCGACGAGCUACGGCGUGCCGUUCUUCGAGACGAGUGCACUCACCAGCACCAACAUCGAGGAGGCCUUCUUCGCUCUUGUGCGGGCCGUGCGACGGCACCGUAGCGGUGAGGGUAAGCUCGGCGGGGGCAAGUCCACCAUCAAGAAGAGCGGGUCGAGCAGCCCCAAGGUCAAGCGCGCGUGCAUCCUCUUCUAG